AUAAAAGCACACUACAAAUUGCCUCUAUUUUCUCAUAGUCAACUCUCUCCUUCCAUCCACACCUCCAGCCCCCUACCACUCACAAUGUCCUCAGAUUGUGAUCCCUUGAUCCAGACACUCAGCCGCCGCCACCACUCGACCACCACAUUCCGAUGGCCAAAUCGUUGCAAGAUAUCAUUCCGGCGGAGAAAACUGGCUGCAAUCCGCCUCGGUGGGAAGAAGUCUCAUGGCAGAUUCUUGCUGAUAAGAGUUUUCCGGCGGGUGAAGAUGCGAUGGUUGAAGUUGAAGCACUCGCUUAUGCUUAAAAAGCUCAAAGAAUAUUAUUGUAAUUUGAUGAAAGACAUUGUUGAUGGGAGUGGUACAAUCGAGUCAUUCCAACAGAGGUUGCUUUUGGAGACAUCUUUUGCCAUUCCUGUUAUGGGACUUUCCUUCAAUUCAUAUCCUAGCAAUUUUUGAGUUAUUUCUGAACUGCAGUAAAUGUAAGAAGUAGAUAUAAAAAAAUAAAAACAAAAACAUUGCUUUUCUUUAAUUUGUUUGUGUGUUUACGUAUGUAAAUGUAUUUAUUAGCAUGAGUUGCAUGCAUGUUCGUAACAAUUUGGGAUUAUUCUUGAAA